AUGUGGAAGGAAGGAAGGCAAGAGCUAGGCAUGUCAAUUGUGCCCCGCGAUCACAUGAGCAUUUACGCGAUCGCGUGGAAAUUAAGAGAAGGUCAAAAAGCUAAUGGGGCUAAUACAGAAAAGAGUGGGAGCAAAAUUCCUCGGAAAGUUUUACGUUACUUUCCUUUGAAACCAAGAUUGCAAAGGUUGUUUACGUCAUCGGGAAUAGCUUCAGACAUGACAUGGCAUCAUGAUCAACGUUUGAAAGAUGGGGUUCUUAGACAUCCAGCCGACUCAGAUGCAUGGAAACAUUUUGAUACAUGUAAUCCGGGCUUUGCCAGAGAUCCUCGUAAUGUUAGACUUGGAUUAGCAUCUGAUGGGAUAAAUUCUUUCGGCAAUUUAAGUGUUUCUUAUAGCACGUGGCCAGUAAUUAUUAUUGUGUAUAACCUACCCCCUUGGAUGUGCAUGAAACAACCAUAUUGCUUCUUGUCUUUGUUGAUACCUGGCCCUAAAGCUCCCGAAAAUGAUAUCGAUGUAUACUUAGAACCUUUGGUUGAUGAGUUGCAAGAAUUGUGGUAUAAUAGAAUCAAUACAUAUGAUGCAUCGAGAAAGGAGAACUUCUGUAUGCGGGCAUCACUCUUAUGGACUUUAAAUGAUUUUCCAGCCUAUGCCUACUUGUCUGGAUGGAGCACAAAGGGAGCUUUGGCUUGCCCUUCAUGCAACAAAGAGACUCCGUCUACUCGAUUAAAGUAUGGCCGUAAGUUCUCUUAUAUGGGUACUCGUAGGUUUUUAUCGCCUAAUCAUAAGUGGCGGGGAAAUAAACGUGAUUUUAAUGGGGAAGUAGAAAGAAGACCUACUCCAAAAAUUAUCUCUGGAGAUGAUAUUUUAAACCAGUUGGAUAGCUUGGAAGACAUUAAAUUUGAUAUGGAAGGAAAAACGAAAGAUAAUUUGAAUGCUCGUCGUUAUUUGAAGGAAAUGGGUAUAAGAAAAGAUUUGCAUCCAACUCAAAGAGAUGGAAAGUGGUAUUAUCCAGCAGCAUGCUAUACUUUAUCACCAGAUGAGAAGUCUAAAGUAUGCAAGUUCUUGAAAACUAUUAAGGUUCCAGAUGGAUAUUCUUCCAAUUUAUCACUGUGUGUAAAGUUAGAGGAUCGUCAAAUUUAUGGAAUGAAGAUUCAUGACUCUCAUAUUCUUUUGGAACAACUGCUCCCUUUUGCAAUCCGCGGAGUCCUGCCGAACCAUGUCUAUGAUGCUAUUACCGAGUAA